CCGCGUUUCUCCGGCGCCCUCGUCCAAGAUGGCGGACGAGGCUACCCGGCGUGUGGUGUCUGAGAUUCCGGUGCUGAAGACUAACGCCGGACCUCGAGAUCGUGAGUUGUGGGUGCAGCGACUCAAAGAGGAAUAUCAGUCUCUUAUCCGGAGGACUGCCCUUGCCCUCAGCUCCCUCCUCAAAGACCUCAUUCUCUGCUUUCAGUACGUAGAAAACAACAAGAAUGCCGACAAUGAUUGGUUCCGACUGGAGUCCAACAAGGAAGGGACUCGGUGGUUUGGAAAAUGCUGGUACAUCCAUGACCUGCUCAAAUAUGAGUUUGACAUUGAGUUUGACAUUCCUAUUACAUAUCCCACUACCGCUCCAGAAAUUGCAGUCCCUGAACUGGAUGGGAAAACAGCAAAGAUGUACAGGGGUGGCAAAAUAUGCCUGACUGAUCACUUUAAGCCUUUGUGGGCCCGGAAUGUGCCCAAGUUUGGACUAGCUCAUCUCAUGGCUCUGGGGCUGGGUCCAUGGCUGGCAGUGGAAAUCCCCGAUCUCAUUCAGAAGGGCGUGAUUCAGCAUAAAGAGAAAUGCAACCAAUGAAGGAUCAAGCCACCAAGGCAGGACAGAGGGACCUUUGACAGGCUACAUUCUGUUCCUGUUUCCUGUGCAUCACUCCUACUCAUCCAGCUGCUUCCCCCCAAACCCCUCCACCCAUAAUUGUUACUAAGUAGCUGCAUCAGGCAUUGCUGAAAAAAAUAAACAACAGUAUCGCCACUGAAUUUCUAAGGCUACACAGGAAAGGGAGAGACUGGGGCUUUGGAAAACCAAGGCAAUUUAUAUCCCUUCCCCCAGUGGGGCAAUAUGAGAUCCAGGAAGGAUGGGAAGCAGGCUGGAAAGUGGGUGCACAGUCUUUUUGGUUUCUGGAGAGAACUCAUCAAUAAAAGCUGCUGCUUCUGAU